UGGUAAAGAUGGAGUAAAGAAUAUUUUCCAGAAAAGAAAUGAAAAACUGAUUCGAAAUUUUGCAAGACGAUGGAAAACGCGUCGAACGUGACCCACUCUUCAACAACGGUCUCAAAACAGACAAGUACAAGUACACUUCUAAUAAUUCAGAUACUAUGUUAUAGUGCCAUCAUUGCCGUUGGUACGUUUGGUAACAUACUGAUUUUCGUAUCGAUUGGAACCAAAACGAAACGUAAAAUCAGCGAUUAUUUUAUCUUAAACUUAACCAUUACGGAUCUACUAUGUUGCGUUGUAAGUAUUCCGUUUGAUAUAAUGGAACUAGUAUUAGGGUAUUGGCCACUAGGCUUAUUAAUGUGUAAGAUAGUAUACCCACUGCAAACCGUCUUGAUGGCAGUGUCUGUUGUGACAUUACUGUUCAUGGCACUGGAACGUCACCGUGCCAUUAUUUAUCCGUUAAAGCCCAAGAUACGUGGACGAUACGUAAUACUGACYAUUAUUAUACUAUGGAUUACAGCCUUUGCGCUUGUCACGCCGUAUAUAAACACGCUAGGUCUUCAUGGAUCACAUUGUAUAGAGAACUGGCCAGGGAAGUCUCACGCAAAGGCGUUUACGCUUUGCGUAUUUGUUUUACUUUACGUAACUCCUUUGAGCAUCAUCCUUGCMGUCUUCAUACGAGUUGCCUUACGGUUACGUAACAGCAAUUACACGAUAACGAGAGCAUUUGGAAAUACAAUGAUUGGGCGUCAAAUGUGCGAAAAGCGCUCCAAGAGAAAUGUACGAGUGCUGAAAAUUUUCGUAAGUGCCGUCGUUGCGUUUGCAGUUUGCUUCCUACCGUUCCAAGUCAUGUGGUUAUGGAAUGAUUUUGGAGACGCAAAAAAUCAUAAAUACUUGAACGAUAUAUUCACGUUCUCGUAUAUAAUGGUGUACAGUAACAGCGCUAUCAAUCCGUUUAUAUUUAGCGCGUUGAGCCAAAAGUUCCGCAGCUUCAUACGUAGAUCAAUCUCGCGUAAACGUACAAGCAUACAGCCGUCUUACGUAAACCGCAGACCGUCUUUAGGGGCAAUUCUGAAAAGUUCUUUUCAUAACAGACGAAGUAGAACAAGCGCAAGAAUUCACUUCAAUGAAGACUUAGAAACUCCAAUGAAAUCACUUGUCCAUGAG